GGCGUGUGUGUGAUGUGAUACAUGUGCGAUAAUGCGCGAUGCCUAGGGGUGCCGCGGCGGCGUUCUACGUUCUCCCGAGGAUCCCGGUUGGUCCCGACGAUCUUCCCCUUGGAAUCUCCUCCUCUUGGCAGCGCCGACUCACGUCUGCCGGUUUCCUCUAUCUCCUCUUUUUUUUCCUUUUUCUCUCUCACCAGAUGAUUCGACGGGCAGUGCUGAGGGUUUAAAUGAACGUGCGUUAAUGCGCGGCGGGCCCGCGCCACGAACGAUAACGUUGUGUCGGAUUACAUCGAGCCUGAAACAUCGGACAAUUUUUUCUCAUUCUUUUUUCUCUUUCGAUCAUGGAGGACCCCACGGAGGCGCAGAAGUGGCAACAACAUCUGACUCUGCUGCGAGAGCAGUAUGUCAAUUUAUACAACGCGAACGCGGAACUGCAACGGGAAUACGCCGUCGCCACGGCUGAAAAGCAGGAGGGUGGAUUCGUCACUAGGCUUCUGGCGACAGUCGCAUCCUUGUACUGUCAACAUCGUUACAGUGAUAUAAGUAUAAAACUGAUCGACCAAGAGAUACCGGCGCAUAAAUUCGUGUUGUCUGCCAGGUCUGAUUUCUUCAGUGACGCAGCCCUUGUGGAAAAGACUGUUUUAGAUUGGAGCAGUUUAAAUAGUGCCGUUGCAUUAGUGCUGCUGAAAUGGAUUUAUACAGGCAAAGUAUCCCAGGAACACCUAACGUUAGAUCUGAUGAAAGCAGCAGCGGGUUUCCAAUUGUCCGAUCUAGUAGAUCAAUGCGAAAGAUAUCUGAUUGGGACAGUGGGAUUGAAGAAUUGCGUAGGAUUAUACUCAGCCGCCGAGGAACUGGGUACCCUAAAAUUGAAGGAGCAUUGUAGCUCCUUAAUUUCAGCGCAUUGGGAAGAUCUGACCGGCGAAGACUUCAAGGAAAUGCCUGGUUCUUUACUGUACAAAUUACUACAAACAAAGAGCAAAUAUCCUUUGCACGCAGCGGUACGUUUGAUGCGUGAAGAUGUCGUGUUUCUGUACUUGGUGGAACAUAAUGCUGAGCUUCCGAAGGCUGUCAAUGUUGUGGAUCACAAAGGAGAAAUGGCUCUAGAAGUUGCCUUGAAAACUCGCCAGCCAUCUCUGGCACGCACCCUGGUCGAGCAUGGAGCGGAUUUAAAUGCGAAAGACGCAAAAGGUCUUUCUCUCCUUCAUUCAGCUAUCUUGAAGGGAGACUCCUACUCGUCCGAGUUCAUAAUCGAGCAGCUGGAGAACAAUGGCAACAUAUCAAAGUUAUGUGAGGCUGUGAAAAUUAACGAGAAUGUGAAGAAUGCGGCCGAUCUUAAGCAAUUGGAAGGCUGUACUGCCUUGCAUCUAGUAGCAAAACACAAUACGGAAAACAUGUUGGCGGUUGGAACGAGAUUACUCCAAGCGGGAAUUGAUCCGAACUUACAAGACUACAGAGGAUGGACUCCGCUUCACAGCUGUAUCUCGGAAAAAAACGAGAUGCUGUUCGAUCUAUUACUCGAGGCGAAGAAUAUAGAUGUAGAUCAAAUCACAAACGAAGAUGAUACGCCGUUGUGUUUUGCAAUGAAGAUGGAACCUUUCAAUGAAUACUUUGCGUCGAAAUUGCUUGCUAAAGGCGCUAUACCGAAUCCAACAUAUGAUGUCACCGGAAAUACAUUGCUUCAUAUCCUGACGCAAGAACGCAAAGAAGAGGCAGCGUUAUUCUUAGUGGAAUAUUGUAAUAAUAAUUUAACGAAAACUAACAACGAAGGUUUCACAAUACUACACGAAGCGUGCAGAGUGGGUUUAAAGGAUUUGACUCAUGCUCUGUUAAAAAAUGGGCUGCCGACCGAUGUCGUUACUCUUUCUACUGGCGACGCGCCAAUUCAUUUCGCUAUUUCGAAUUUGUACACUGACAUAGUCAUCGAGUUAUUAGACGCUACAAGUUUGGAUUCGCAGUUGACUAUUAAGAACAACGCGAACGAGACACCUCUAAGUUUGGCUAUAAAGACACCAUUCAAGAAAGGUAAAGAUAUCGUGCUGGCUCUGAUAAAAGCUGGAGCUGACGUGAAUGAACGCAACGAUGAAGGUCUGACGUUAUUGCAUCAAGCGAUACUGAAAGAGGAUUCGGCUACAGCGAUAUUUUUGUUAGAAAAUGGUGCUGACAUGAACGCAAAAACAGCCAAUGGAGAGACACCGUUACAACUGUGCGUACAUUGUAGAUUGGGCGAAGUGGUAGAGGCUCUUUGCAGGCGAGGCGUAGACACUUCAAUAGGAUGUCCGUUAUGGGAUGCUUUAGAUUCGGAUCAAGAAGAUACUGCAUCAAUUUUGGUUAAACAUGGAGCGGAUACAGAUUGUUGGGGUCCAGGCCCCGAUGGCUGUCAACAAACGUUGUUACACAGAGCAAUCGACGAUAACAAAGAGGAUAUUGCACAAUUCUUGAUUAGAAGUGGAUGCGACUUGAAUGCUUCAAGACGACCCGGCCCAGACGGUGCUGGUGGAGACGAGGCAAGAGACGAGUGCACGCCAUUACAUUUGUGUUGUCAAUGGGGACUGGAGCAAGUCGUUCAAACACUCAUCGAGCACGGAGCUGAUGUGAAUGCCCGCGACGCAGAGGGAAAAACACCUGUGCAUGUUGCGAUACAGAAUCAGCAUUCGCAAAUUAUUUCUCUUCUACUGUGCCACCCAAAUAUAGAUCUGAAUAAAAGAGAUAAGAAAGGAUUGUCGCCUUUCGCGACCGCCCUAACAGUUCGCAAUAACAAAGCCGCACAAGCAAUAUUAGAGAGAUUACCUAAAGCUGCUGAACAAUAUGACAAUAAAGGCAGAAAUUUCUUACAUACUGCUAUACAGAAGGGUGACAUGGAGAGCAUUCUAUUUUUAUUGUCGAUACAAGUAGACGUAAAUUCAAGAAUACACGACGUUACACAAACGCCACCCCUACAUCUUGCCGCCGUGUCGGGGAAUGAGAUGUUAGUGCGAAGUUUGAUUCUGGCGGGUGCUCGUGUCAACGAUACGGAUGCAAAUAGGAACACCGCUCUGCACGUAGCGGCUAAAGUAGGACAUGCCGCUGUUGUCUCUGCGUUAUUGCAAAACAAUAUUAAUUUUGACGCGGUAAAUGCGGAUGGCGACAACGCGUUGCACGUAGCUGUAAGAGAAGGUCAUGUAUCAGUAGUGCGGACAUUAUUGACUGAAUGUACGCUAGAUGCGGAAGCAGUGAAUCUCAAGGGUCGUAAUCCUCUACAUGAACUGGCCAGAUGCGCGAGGGACAACGCUGCGACGAUAUGCGAUCUAUUCUUAGAAUGCAUGUCGCAAUAUCCAGUUAAUAAUGCAGAUUUGGAUGGAAAUACUCCGUUGUUGAUCGCGUAUAUGAAAGGCAAUGGCAAUCUUUGUAGAACGCUAGUGAAAGCCGGGGCAUGCCUGGGUUCGAUGAAUAAAGAUGGAAUUACGAUCUUCAAUUAUCAAGUAGCGACGAAACAGUUGUUAUAUAGACUAUUAGAUUCUUUAACACAAGAAGCGCCAUGGUCCGACAAGGAUUGUUGCUUAGAGUGCGGAACAAAAUUCUCUCUUACAAUGCGCAAGCAUCAUUGCCGGCAUUGUGGACGAAUUUUGUGCAGCAAGUGCUCAGGUCAAGAUGUACCAAUCUUGAAAUUUGGCUUGAACAAACCAGUACGUGUGUGCAAUGUAUGCUUUGAUGUAUUACUGGGUACUGGUUCUCUUCAACCAUCAUAGUUAAAAUAAGAAUUUAUAUAUAUAUAU